CCUCUUUUGCUGAAACUGACAUCAUCAAAGGGACAGAGGACAAGACAGAUUGCUGUUGUAUUUCAAACAAAACAAAAUAGCCGCUGUGUUGUAGUUCAAAUUCAGUCUGAUCAUGUAGACCAAAACUACAAGUGAAUAUAAUAUAUACUGUAGAGGGUGUUAGGUACUGGACUUACAUAUAAAGAAGAAUACAAUAUCAAAACAGAAAACAGCUCCUGUCAUGCAUAACAGGGUCAUCCAGUGUUUAGAAGGCUUUCUGUUGAAUCUAUGCUGCCUGAAGGAUUUUUUUGAGCUUAUUUUUGGAGCAAUCUUUUACUUUUUCGAGUCAUUUGUGCGGCUGUUUGUCAAGCCACUCCCAAAGGAUGUGGAGGGAGAGAUUGUACUAGUGACAGGAGCAGCUCAGGGUAUUGGUAAGUUCAUAGCGAAGGAAUUCGGACGCCACGGGGCUACUUUGGUUCUCUGGGAUGUCAACUGGGAAGUCCUAGAUCAGACAGCCCGGGAACUCAGACGAAUCCUGGAUGUACGUGUCUAUGCCUACGCUUGUGACUGCAGUCGUCGCACAGAAGUCUACAAAGUUGCAGAGCAGGUAAAAAGGGAAGUUGGGGAUGUGUCCAUACUGGUGAACAACGCAGGAGUCGUCACUGGAAAAUAUACAUUCUCAGAGGCCCCCGACAAUUUAGUGGACAGAACUCUCCGAGUGAAUGUUGCAGCUCACUUCUGGACCUAUAAAGCAUUCCUCCCCCCAAUGAUAUCACGAAACCAUGGGCAUCUUGUGUGUAUUGCAUGUCAUGGUGGACUGUUUGCUAUGAAUGGAUUAUCAGACUACUGUGCCAGCAAAUUCGCAGCUGUGGGAUUUGCUGAGUCUAUUGCUCUGGAGCUUCUUGUCCUGAAGAAGGAAGGCAUUAAAACCACAAUAGUGUGCCCUUACUUGAUCAAUACAACCAUGUUUGGAGGAUGUCAGACGAAAUGGCCAUCUUUUCUGCCUAUUAUUGAUAAGAAAGAUGCAGCAAAGAAGAUAGUCGAUGCAGUUUUGAGAGAGAGAAUGUAUGUCUUGAUACCAUCCAGUUUGUACUUCCUUGUGGCUAUUAAGAGCUUCAUGCCUGCCAAACUGGGAAUCAUCUUCGUCAACUUUUUUGGAGGGCUGGACUUGAUGGAUCGGUUCAGAGGCGUUCCAGCGCCAAUUGUCACAUACAAGAAACGUCAAAGAGAAACCAGCAUCAAUGAAGAUCCACCAAUCUAUUACAACUAAAUAAAAAACAUGACACAAUGUGUGCUGACUGAAAAGCCAUAAGUCACUUUUUAAUUAUACAAUUACACAAAUGCAUUGCAGAAGCUGUAUUCUCACAUGUAGGACUAAUAAAAAAGCUGAUUUUCAUUGACCGGUGGCCACACAUAUACUUCAGCUCUUGUCUGGAAUGAGAUUGGGCAAUUAUUUACAGUGCAGCUUUCCAGUUGCAAAAAGUAGGUCAACACUUUUAAAUUACAGCCUGGGGGAAUUCCAGCGUUGAAACAAAAACAGUGUUGAGAAGAAAUAAAUUAUUUUGAUCCAA